UCUUGGCUUUGCUGCAGACUUGAGGGUGAACUCACCUGCAGCCAGUUAUCUUUAUCUUUACGGGGUGGCUGUGGACAGACACUGGCACCUGGUGGGAUUAGAUACAGUACAGCAACCUUUUGUAACAACAGGUUUUCCCCUAAUCAGGCUUGUUGCAGCCCAAGCCGAGGCCACCGAGCUGAAAAAGCUGUCUCACAGACUGGCUGAGCAGCUUACUUGCCAGGACACAGACAUCAAAUACACCCUGAAAGAACCAAAGCAAACAAACUGUAAAUUUGAAUGGAGUAGGUGUUGACCAAGGAAUGACUAAGUUGAUGAUGGGGCCUCAGUUCUAGCAAGUUGAUAUAUUUCAACAUCAGUCAGAACUAACAUCUAACAAAUGAGAACUUUCCUUCAUCCGUGAUUGAAUGUCAAAGGGAAAAAGGAAUUAUUAUUUUGUCCACAGAAGCUCUCUCUGAUUUUAUUGUAUAAGAAAUAACACAAUAAACCCCAAUCAAGCAAAUCUAAUUGAAUGCUUUUGAGGUCUGAAUACAAAGCAGCCUCUGGAAUGACCUUUUCAGAGUGAAAUGUUAUUCCUCACAUCCACCUAACAGCAGGAAGCUACCAUAUACACGGUUCCCCCCUCACGUCAUCGCAGAGUUAUGGUUCUCCAAGAUAAAGAGCAGAUGCUUUUCUCUGAAAGAAAAAUAAUCUGUGGGCAAGAGAUUGUGUUGCGGACAAAAGGCAUGUUUUGGAGACUGAAAUAGAAGAGGAGGAAGAACAAAAUCUGAGCAGGCAAGAAAAGGAGAGCAGCAGACAGAUAGAGAGAAGUUUAUAGUUUCUCAGCCUCCUUUACCGGAUUUGCGGCAGAGCACAUCCCAAUUGUGAAAUUUUCGUGGCAAUUGUCCAUGGGAACUCAUCCAGACUGCUUUGGAGCUGCCCCUCCUGGGAGGUCUUGUUAGAUUGUGAAUAAUACUGUGUGACGACCAAAGUAAGAGUGCACUUCUCCCGUCAACUUUCCGCUCACUACAGGACAACAUUUAGAGGGAUUACUGCUGAAAGAGGAGCCAUGACCGGAAGCACCAAUCAGGAAAGCUGAGCUACUCUUUUUCAUGUCCAACUUGUGUGUUUUCUUGUACCUCCAAAGUUAUUCACUGCCUGCCAGUGAGGACUGAAAUCUCCCCAUACACUCCUGGACUGUGACCUUUCAACUGGACAAGCAAAGCCGGAGAAGGCUUCAUCUGAUCAGGGGAGAGGAUUGAGCUGACUGGAACGAAAGCUCCACAUCUCCCCUGCUGAGGGCUUUUGUUUUUCUCGCAGCAGAAGCACCUCACUUGGUGUGGUAAUGGAUAUGGAGAAGGGACAUAUGUCUAUCAGGAGAGAGGUGAGCUGGAGUCCAGGAGGGCUGAGAAAACCUCUCCAGGCAACCAAGGACAUGCAUGCUCCCAGCACAGAGUGCAAUGCAUCAUGGGAGAUGAAGGGAAUCAAGGGGGAGCAGAUGGGCCGGAAAACAAAUCUGACCAGGAGUGCCAGUUUAUCGGAGAAGGAGCUGAAGGAGGCUCGUGUCAGGAGUCAGAUCAUUGCUGCUCAGCUCACCAUCCCCUCUAACUCCAACUCCAGAGGUGUCCAGCUCUUCAACAGACGCAAGCAGAGAGUCAACGCCUUUACAAUAGAAAGCUGUGGAGAGAGGCCAGGGGAGGACAGAGGAGAGAAUGAGAAAGCUGACCCUUCUAAUAAACUAACAUGGGCAGAGAGGAGCAGUGAGGAAAAACAUCGAGAACUGAACUGUAAGAACAGUGCUACCAAGUCACUCUUGUCACCCAUUGGGAGAGUGCACAGCGUAGGGGAUAUCAUGGAGGAACCAGGUGAGCAUUGCCACGAGGUAGAGGAUAUAGAGAACAGUGUCAUCCAAGAGAGACAUUUCCUUCCUGUCAAGGAGCAAGAGGAGCAGGACAAGGUAGUAAGAGAUGAAGUUCUUGGGGAGGUCGAAGAAAAAGUCAAGGAUGAAAUUCCCCCUGGAAGUGAUAAUGCUUGUCCAGCUGGGUUGGAACAAGCUGAAGGGGAAGGAGGGAUAAAUGGGGUGUACAGUGAGCCAGUAUCUGCUGGGAAGAUUCCUAAUGGCUGCCAUAGUACCUCUGGCCCUGAGAGGAUCUCCGUGUCCACAUCCAAGCAGGCAACCACCAUCAUUAAUAGAACUGCCAGGCCGUUUUUCUCUCCGACGACAGUUCAGUCUCCAGAGCCUGUCAGCCCAGUCAUGGACAUCCCCCCUGCUCCCUCUUACUCUACUCCUCCUCUUCCUACUUUUACCACCUCCCAUCCUGUGGCGUUUUCCCCUCCACCCCCGCCUCCAUCAUAUCCUACACCUCCUCUACCAGCCUUCACUAACCAACCCCCACAGACCUUUUCCAGUCCACCUCCCAUGUCUCCUGUCAUGUCCCCUACAAGCCCUCCAGUGUCCCAAUUCCCUCAUGUUGUUUCUCCUGUGUCUCAUUAUGUUCCUGCCAACCCACCCAUGGCCCACUGUGGUCCUCCCACAGCCCCAAGGCCCACCACAUUUAUUCCUCAGCCCACUGAAGCGAAGAAGGUAGUACCUAUCAAGACAGGAAUACUGGAGGAGGGCGCUGCUAGACGGGCAAGUAGGAAGUCUAUGUUCACGUUCAAAGAGAAGCCAGUAGUAGCUCCCAACCCUGAGCUGCUGUCUCUGGUGCAAGGGGUAGAUGAAAAGAAGAAACAUGUACACAGGUCUGUGCCUGAGCCAGUGUCUGAGGAAGAGCUUUUGGCUCUGGGUGCAGAAGCCUCCAACUUUAUGACCAAGGAUGAGGAGGGGACUGAGGCAGCAACAGCAACAGUGCCAGAGUGGGCCUCCUGCCUCAAGAGCUCCAGGACCCGAGCGAGAGUGGAGCACAGGCCAGAGCAGACUCUUACCAAUGCAUCAGGAAAAGGGGCUGAGCUCUUUGCUAAGCGUCAGUCCAGGAUGGAGAAAUACAUGGUGGAGAAUCAGAAUGCAGGGCAGAUGAGGUCUCCCUCUCCCACUAUGUCUCUGCCACCAUCUUGGGUGUACCCAUCCAACAUGCCUGGUAGGGUCAAGGCCAUUGCAAAAAACUCAGAUAUGUCUGCUCAGCUUUCACAGAACAUAAAGGCCCAACAAGCUGUCAAACGAAAGCCCAGUCAAAAAGCCCCACCCCCACAGCCUGCUCCCGAGCCUGCUCCUCCUCUGGAGAAUGGCUGCUCCAAGAUAGAGAUGGACCUCUCAAGGCAUCGGCCCUACCAGCUAAGUUCUUCCCUUUUCAUCCUUAACCCAGUCAAGGAUCCCAUGAGUUCCUUACCCAGAGGAGCACCACGUACCAAGCCGACAAUCCCAUCCCAGUCUUACUCCAGGCAGACUUCUUUACCGAGCACACCCAUCCACUUCAGUUCCCAUGUCAGCCACAGGUCUGCCCUUAGCAUGUCUCCUCAGCUCCCUGUCAGCCCCGCAGGAGGAACAGAAUAUCCUGCAAAUCCCAUGGGCUCUGGUCAGCCAAGGAUCACCUCUCCCAUGUCCGCAAUCUCUCCUGACCGUGUGUCCUCUCCGCGGACGGGAAUCCAAGCACCAAAGCCCACAUUUUCUGCCAAGAAGGCAGGAAUUGAACCACAGACGAAAAAGGAGUCCUCUCCUGAUACAACCCCCAGCGAGACUCCCACACCAACCAGGACGCCCAACCUCACCCGACGUUUCAGCAGCCCACAGUGUGCCACCACAGGAACCUGGUCCACCAGCCUCCAGACUAACCAGCUCUCCUCCAACAUCUCAAUCUCCAAACCAUCUGUUGUUUCCCCUAUGUCCCCGCCCUGGGGUUCAAGGUGUCAGUCCCCCAUGGUCAGCCAGAAUACCCAAACCUCCACAGCCAAUUCCACUUCUAGACCCUCCCAAACACCUACAGCCACCUGUCCUGUCUCCCCUCCUUGGGGCUCACGGUGCCAAUCACCCAUUGCCACCCAGAAUGCCCAACCUUCCUGGGUCUCCAAUUCCAGUGCCAGACGAUCCCAAACACCUACAGCCACCUCUCCUGUCUCCCCUCCUUGGGGCUCACGGUGCCAGUCACCCAUUGUCUCUCAGACCAGUUGCUCCUCCCCCGCCACUAAACCUCUGUACACAUCCUCUGCCACGUCUCCUGUCUCCCCACCCAGGGAGAGUCGCUGCAUGUCACCCAUCGUUAGCAACCUAGACUCUAAAGCCAACCAUCGCCUCCUGGCAAAGAACAUCAUCAACGCAGCCAAACGUAAGAACAGCCCUUCCCCUGGCACAGUGAGCAGUCACAGCCUCCCCAUCUCACCCCUGAGCAAUUCCCACCAUGGCUACGACUGUAACAAACCAUCCAUCAGCCCCUUUCAGACACGGGCUUUGGGGGCCCAGUCCCCCACCUUCACCAGCCCGCCUCCCACCCCAACACAGAGGAUCUGUUCCCCAGUGAGGCUAUACAACACUCGCUCCCUAACUGACUCUGACGCCUCAGUAGAGUCUGAGGACUCAGGCCUGAGGUCGCCCGGCCUGCACGCCUACAACACUUGUCCCCGCGGCUGGGGCGGCAGCCUGAGGGUGAAGAGGGGCAACGUCGCCACCGACCUGUGAGAAGGUGCUCAGCCAUUGUGGAGAAGUUGUAGGAAGGCAAAUGAAGGGUGCUUUGUCUUUUCACAGCCUUAAACACUCCUCUAAGACAUUGGGACUAACCAGUAAAAAAAGAUCCUGAUGGAAUAUCAUCAGGCUAAUAUGUUACACUUCUAUAGGUCAUAUUAUGGGAAAUUAAGGGAUUAAAAAAUCUGAAGUUACAUGUGUAACUUUGACGCUAUAUUAAGAAACUGAAUAUUUUUAUGAUUCAUAUUCAUUCAAUGGACUGACAAGAACAAGCAUUUUACAUAGAGCAUUUGCUAUGGCUUGUAGGCUUCUAACAGCCCCAAAACUACAAAGGCUGAAAAUACCAAAGAUAUUUGAAUAAAUUUCCAAACAGUGUUACACUUUUUUUUUUUACCCCUUAUAACAAGCUGACUUCUACAGUCACUAUUCAUGUUUUUAGAUAAUUGGGGUACAAAUUUUAAAAGAAUCUUGAAUUGACAUGAUGUUUGCUGGUCUGACAUGAGUCAAAGUGGGAAAAGACUAAUAAUUAUAAUGCAUAUAAGGGAUGUGAAAGUGAAUCAAAUGUGUAAAGGAUGGUAAGGGUAAAGGAUAAGAUGACACUAUACAGUGCAUUCAUAAUGAAUAUGGAUUCAGAAUAGACUGGGUAAAAUCAGUUUACUUCAACACUCCAUAAUCUUUUCUGCACAGAGCUGUCGUAGAUGGCACACUCGCUAUUCAUAAUAUCAUACAUGAUUAAAGUAUUCAUCACAGUUUAUUAUCAUUUUUAAUCAAUGGGGGAAAGUGUUAUGCAUAAUUAUCGCAGUGCAAUAAUCCAUUUAGCACAAUGUAUAUAUGUGUUUUACGUACUGCAUUUGCUCAAAUGAAUGUAAGCUUUACAGACAGAUUGAUAGAGAAUGACAGAAAAGAUGAAGAGUGUUUAGUGGAAGGAGUUAAGUAGGGGUUUGAUGGGGCAUUUAAGUGCCUUUUCAAUCAAACACUGUUUCCAUGUUUCAGAAGAAAAACUAUGGUAUUGUGCCUAACAACAUAAUGAAUAAAUGUUAGCAGUCAAUGUGUAAAAACUAAAUGGCAGAUUAUAAUAUUCACAUUCCAUGCUGAUCUAUGCCUUGGUAUAGUUUUGUUGUUGUUCAUAUUGUGUUUGAUAUAAUAUGGCCACAAACAGCCAUGCUUUUCUUAUGUUGUUCAUGUUCUACACACCUUAGCAUAGCUUGUGGAUGACAGUACAAAGUAUUGAAAUGCUGGUUUGAAUGAGGUUUAGAGGAAAAUGUGUAUGUCACAAAAGUAGAGAAGGUUGAACAAACCAUCAUUGUCCAACCGUAAUUUAACAAAAAAAGGUUGGCAGAAUGUUGUAAGAUGGGAAAUAUUCAUUUAAAUGUUUGUGAAAGGGUUUAAAGGAAAAUAUAUUUCACAUAUAUAAAUAAGUCUUAAUGCACAUGCUCUUAAAUUUCUUCGUUUCCAUUCUACACUUGAUUUGCACUUCUGUUCAUUCCAUUUCCAAAAUGCUAAGUCAGCAUUUUUUUUUUUUUUUUUUUU